UAGAAACAAGUGGCAUUCAAUUUACUGCAGAAUUUCAAGCACAAUUUCUUCUUCUGAGGUUUGUAGUUCAAGAACAACAUUCAUUCAACCUUUCACCAACAUUUCCCAGAGAUUAUUUUCUUGCAGCCACUGAUUUUACUGAUCCUCACUGUAUUCAGAACGGAGAGGGUUAACUCCCAGGAGUACAAAGUGCUGUUUGUCUUUGAUAAACGGGAAAGUUCAGUUUCGUUUCUUGUUCAGUUGCUGUUCCUGCUCUCAGUGAUGGCGUCGGCUGAUCUGAGAGACGAGCUGAGCUGCUCCAUCUGCCUGAGCAUUUAUACUGAUCCUGUAUCCCUGCCGUGUUCCCAUAACUUCUGCCGGGUCUGUAUUGGGACAACAUGGGACACCCAGGAGGGAUCUGGGGCUUAUUCCUGCCCUGAAUGCAGACAGGAGUUUAAGGAGCGCCCUGCCCUGCUCAGGAACAGAACUCUGGGGAACAUAGCAGAGCGAUUCUGUCCAACUGAGACCCAACUGGGGGAGACUGGGAUCUUCUGCACCUACUGUGACUCCCAUGUACCUGCUGUUAAAUCCUGUCUCCUGUGUGAGGCUUCUCUGUGUAAUAAGCACCUGAGGGGGCACAGCAAGUCAGCAGAACAUGUACUGACUGAGCCCACCACUUCCUUCAUGGAGAGAAAAUGUUCUGUACACAAGCGGAUCCUGGAGUUUUACUGCUGCGAGGCCUUUAUCUGUGUGUCCUGCUGUCUGGCCGGAGAGCACAGGGGCCACAGGGUGGAUCUGCUGAGUGAGGCCUCUGAGAAGAAGAAAGAGACACUGAGGAAAGUUCUGGAGAAACUGAGGCCAGAGAGAGAGGAGACUGAGAGAGGAGCCCAGAGACUGCAGGAGCGCAGGAGAGAAGUGCCAGAAAAAGCAGCCGGUGAGACAGAGAGAGUCACUGCCCUGUUUAGAGACAUCAGGGAACAGCUGGAAGCCCUAGAGAAGCGACUCCUGAGUGACAUCUCCAGCCAGAAAGAGAAGCUCUCACUCACACUCACUGAUCUGAUGGAGCAGCUGGAAAUAAAGAAGGACGAGCUGUCCAGGAAGAUCCGUCACAUUGAGGAGCUGUGCAACAUGGCAGAUCCACUCACUGUCCUACAGGAACGGGAAUCACAUGGAGCUGCAGAUAAUGAGGGGGGCAGAGAGAGACAUGAUAUAAAGGUCCCUGCUGUAGGGGAUCUGGAUGUGGAUCUGAUCUCAGAGACAUUACUCACAGGCUUAGCUGCCAUUGCGACUGGGGUAAAGGGAAGGAUCAAUGAGCAGGAGGCUACAGACCUGUUACUGGAUAUAAACACGGCUCAUAAUUACUUAUCUGUAUCAGGGGACAGGAAAUCUGCUUCCUACUCACUAACAGAACUACAUUACCCACAAUCCCUAGAGAGAUUUCAGAAUGAGCCUCAGACUUUAAGCAGCAGGAGUUUCCCCUCAGGGCGACAUUACUGGGAAGUGGAGGUCAGUGAAUCAGGGGACUGGAUGGUAGGGGUGGCCUAUCCCAGUAUAGAGAGGAGAGGGGGUCAGUCCUGUAUUGGGAAUAAUAACAAGUCCUGGUGUUUGUACAGAUGGAAUAAUAAUAACAGAUAUUUAGUGGGACAUGACAGUGAAUGGACACAGUUACCCCACGUCCCUUCCUGCAGGAGAAUCAGGAUCUCAUUGGACUAUGAGGCCGGACGUCUGUCCUUUUAUGAGCUGAGUGAGCCAAUCAGACACUUACACACCUUCACUGUCACAUUCACUGAGCCCCUCCAUGCUGCAUUCUAUCUUUAUAAUGGUGCCUAUGUGAGAAUCCUUAAAUAAGUCCCUGCCCAGGGCUGGAUCAUUGUUACCAGUGAAUUAACCCUAUUAAACCCUAUGAUAGAAUUACCACCAUUCAGAAUACACAGAAAUACUGAAUAAAAACUGAUCAGUUCAGCCCUGCUAAGUUUCUUUUCCUUAUCUCCUGGCUGCCAUCUUACAUCAGUACUGAGCAGCUUCUUACAUGUGAUUGGUCAGUUAUUUAUAAUGUGUGGGUAUGAAAGACAGAGAAUAAUAAAGUAAAAUUAUACAAGAAUCCCAAUGUUAGUGCUCAGGGUGCUGAACAGCCUUGAACUUCUAACAGUGGAAAAACAAACCCUUCCCUGCUCCCAGAUUCCCUUUAUAGGCUACAGGGAAAUGCAAGGAAAAGUCCAAACUGCUAAAAGGACAGAAUUACUCAACUUGACUUGUGUAACUGUAUAUGGGAGGGUUCGGCCCAUCUCACCACUAUAGAUAAAUAACUUGCCUUUUUUAAUUGGGUGACUUUUCACUUAUCUUGUGACAUGGCCUUGUAUUUCCUGCAAGAGCUUUAAAGGGGACCCGCCACCCACAAAAAUUAUUCAAAAUCCUAUUUUAUCACAUUAGUCAAGCAAAAUGAACU